AAGAGAGGCUACCUUGUUCACCAUGUCACCAUCUCAAGAUCCACCACCUACAACAGCUUUACUUACAGGCGCAGCAGGAGCUUUUGGAGCAGGUCUCUUAGGCGCCAUUUGGCAUACGAAAAGAAAACAAACACAACGCAUGGAACAAGAACUGGCUGAAGGAAUUGUUCAUACACCACAUACACCUGUGCCAUAUACCCCACCCAAAAUGACACCUGCAGAAUAUGCUGUGGCUCGAAAAGAAGCGUCACUUUAUGCAGUGAAAACAUUGGGUUAUGGUACAUUAUUGGCAUUUAGUGGGGCUGGUUUGAUCGCAUUGGGUGUAGGUUAUUGGCUUGAUGUUCGCAAUUUUAAGGAGUUUUCAGAUAAACUUCAAAUUAUUGUACCUAAACAAACAUCCAAGUUGAGGCAAAUGUUGGGAGGAAAAAAGCUGGAAAUGACGUCAGAAGAACAACAAGAAUUAGAUAGCAUUCAAAUGAAAGAUUAAAAAAGAGAAACCUAUAUUAUUUGCUCGAUCUGUUUAAACUAGCGGCGGAUGAUCUAUGCGCUGUCUGAACCGG